AUGAACUCCCCUCCAAUACUUCAAACCGUCGGUACCAAACGGUCUUAUCCCUCUGACGAGAACUCCCCCACUCCUCUUCCGACCCAAGCGAAUGUGGGCGCAACCUCGCCCUCGAAUUCAGCGGCUGGCAGUUCUGCCUUUCGGAAUGUCAGUGCGUGUGAGCGAUGUCGCAAAAGAAAGAACCGAUGCGACCAGCGUCUGCCUGCCUGCGCAGCCUGUUCCAAAGUGGGGUUGAGAUGCGUAGGAAUAGAUCCUAUCACCAAGCAGGAAAUCCCAAGAAGCUAUGUCUUUUAUCUCGAAACGCGCCUGGCAUACUUCGAAUCACUUCUGGUCGCCAACCACAUAGCCUUUGAGCCUCCGGACGCCUUCGAUGUGGACUCGAAGCUGGUCGAGCAAGGCAUCGUGCGUUCGCCCCAUGAGGCAAGGAGCUCCUUCACCGAUGGCUCCGGGAGCACAGGCAUUACACCGGGCAAGUCACACGAUGCGGCAUGGGAGAAGAAACAAGAAGAGGCAAAGAAGCUCAACCAGCUGGUGUCAAACAUUGGCAUGGUAUCCGUUCAGGGUGCUUCAGACCCCCGAUAUCUUGGGUCGACUUCCGGCAUAUCAUUCGCCCGGGUGGUGUUCGCUGCGGUCAAGAGCUCGGUUUCGAGCAACCACAACUCCGAGAGGAAUGCAGUACGGCCCAGCAAGCCUCUCACCAAUGUCGCCAACAGCGGUACCACCAUGAGGGAUUCGUGCUUUGGGCUACAGACCAAACCGACGAUCAGGAGAGCAGCCUUUCCCGACCGAGAAUUGGGUGAGAAGCUCGUCAGGUUGUAUUUUGAGCACGCCAACCCACAGAUCCCCAUACUACAUCGGAACGAAUUCAUGGAGCUAUUCGACCGAGCAUACACGGUAGAAGAUCGUCAGCGGACCCCCCGAGAGCUGUACAUGCUGAAUAUUGUCUUUGCCAUUGGGGCUGGCAUCAUCUUCGGUUCUUCCGACCCUGAUCCUGCUUCGAUGCAACAUUCCGAGACCCAGCAGGAACCAUCAUCACCGACAAGCAAAAGAGUGAAGAUGUCCGGUCUGCAACACCAGCCGGAAGAGUAUCAUGCAUCCGCCAUCGUACACUUGGAGUCCUUUCUGGGUUCGUCUUCUGCAACCGACCGUCCUGACGGGUUUGGUGGUGGUUUGGAAGAGCUUCAAGCAGUAUUGCUUCUGGCCGGUUUCGCGCUGCUGCGCCCUGUUGCACCUGGUCUGUGGUACAUCACCGGUGUUGCGGUGCGAUUAGCAAUAGAUCUGGGUCUACAUUUCGAGGACGGUACCGGCAUUGAUGACUCUAAUGAGAAAGUGCCCGUCUCCAGCGAUGACAUUGACAUGGAUGCCGAAGCACCAAAAUCGCAGACGGCGGCGAGUUCUAUCGAUGCUAGGGAAAAAGGUCGGCGAGAAUGGGUGAGAGAUCUCCGAAGGCGCCUUUGGUGGUGUGUCUAUUCCUUGGACAGGCUUGUGAGUACUUGUGUUGGCCGACCUUUUGGCAUCACAGAUCAGGUGGUGACCACAGAAUUCCCAUCUUUACUCGAUGAUCAAUACAUCACCCGAAAUGGGUUUCUGCGACCAACUGAGCAAGCCUCAGCCAGCUACAAGCAUGUUGCCUACCAUUACUUUCGCCUACGUCUUCUACAGUCGGAGAUUCUUCAGGUACUGCAAUAUCAGCAGGCCCAGAUCGCGAGGCGAACCGGCACCAACAGCCAAAAUGAAUACAUGCAUACAAGAUUGCCAUCACCCUUCCUCGCCAACUUCGGUUCUUUCCGGUCAUGGCGAAAAGACGUUGAUCGCAGGCUGUGGGAAUGGAAAGAGUCGACUCCAUCAUCUGAUGAAACCGGAGUUGAGUUCUCAGUGGACUUCCUUACACUCAAUUACUGGCAGGCCUUGAUCAUGCUUUACCGGCAGAGCCUAACAGUUCCAGGCCCAUUGGCGGCAAUGAGUCUGAAGGAGGAAGCGUCCAGUCCAUCAAUGGCGAGCAUGGAGGACCACGAAGACGAGAGCGAUGUUUUUCUCAAGGUGGCGGAAGCUGGUCAGAGAGUACUGAAGCUUUAUCGUCAGCUUCAUCGAGUCAGGCUGGUGAAUUACACUUACCUUGCAACGCAUCAUCUGUUCAUGGCUGGAAUAUCAUUUCUCUACGCUAUCUGGCAUUCGCCUCUAGUGCGCAGCCGUCUGACGCUGGACGAUGUCGACUUCACCAUCCUUGCCGCCACCUCGGUGCUUGGUGACCUGAUGGAGAAAUGUCCCCCAGCAGAAGCAUGCAGAGACGCGUUUGAGAGAAUGAGCAGAGCCACCGUGCAAAUGUGCAUCUCGACCACUGGGUUUGGCGAUGAUGUCAAAAGUAGUCAACCGCGGAAUCAGUCAGAUGCAGCAAUCCAGCAUUCAUUCACUGGCACAACUACAGGGCCUGCCUGUCCCCAUCUCACCGACCACCAGUUUCCAAGACAGCGGCCAGAAGUGAAGGCCAAACCUCGCAGGCCACCCCCAAGAUUCGACAUGAACCUUCAAGAUUUGUUUCCGGAAGAUAUCGACCAUGACGACGCUGCUUCGCAACCACAUUUACGACAGUGUCGGCCCCAACAACUGCGUCAACAACAUCACCAGGUUCUGACGCAGCCGCAGCCGCAGAUGCCUUCUCGACAACACUCAUUUCCACCAACUCUAGAUUCGCUGAACAAUCGAAUCAACGCCGGGCUCGGUAUCAAUGCAACCCAACCUUCCAGCGGUGUCAUGGCCCAGCAUUCCGAUCGACCACCUCAGCAGCAGCAGCAGAUACAGGGAAGCCUAUCCUCGUCUCCGAGUCUUUAUAAUGCCAGCUCCUUUGAUCCAGAUGUGACAAACGUGCCAGAACUCGACUUCUUACAAUCGACUGAUUUCAACCAGGAUUUUGACACAGCGGGUAUCGACUUGGGGUUUGGACCUGGCCUGGACUUCCAGCAUGAUUGGAGCGACGGGACAGGUGUCGACAUAUUCGAUGGAUUCUUCUUUGAGGGGGUUCGUGGAGGAGAGAAUGGUGAUGAUGAGGAGGAGGAGGAGGAGGAGGAGGACGAUCUUCUUCCUGCCAACUACACCGCAGUGCCCAGGAUCGAGCACCCAGUCCCUCGGCUCAAGACUCCUUCUCUAACCGACUUCCAGAGACAUAUGGACCACGCGAAGGAGCCCGUGGUCCUGACAGGGAUCAUGGACCAUUGGCCCGCCCUGAAGCGGUGGAAGAAGACGUCCUACUGGAGAAAAGAAACGUUCAAUGGGCGACGACUCGUGCCGGUGGAGAUAGGACGGAGCUACACAGACGACGACUGGGGACAGAAGAUGAUGCCGUUUGGGGAGUUUCUGGGCAAGUACAUCCUUAACGAUGGCGGGGAUGGGGUCGCGGUAGAGAAUACAAAUGGAGAGGCAGAGCUUGAAGGGGUUCUGUCUUCUGAAGCAGGAAGCGCUCGUGGCAGCGGUGAUGAUCCCGCUGGAGCAGAUGGUAGUCCACCACCGGACACCGGAAGACAGACAGGCUAUCUCGCCCAACACGAUCUUCUCCGGCAGAUCCCAUCGCUCCGCUCCGCCAUCGCGACCCCGGACUACUGCUACCUGGAUCCGCCGCCACCAGAGCCAGGCACGCCCGUCUACCUGAGCCGGCUCAAGGACAAGACUUCUCACAGCGCUGCCAAACCCAAGUCAUCCCACCCCUCCCUCGUCCCGGUGUCUGGGACCAUCGCGACCCCGGACUACUGCUACCUGGAUCCGCCGCCACCAGAGCCAGGCACGCCCGUCUACCUGAGCCGGCUCAAGGACAAGACUUCUCACAGCGCUGCCAAACCCAAGUCAUCCCACCCCUCCCUCGUCCCGGUGUCUGGGAGUAAAAUGCCCAGCCCAGACCACGAGGCCGAAGGCAACAAAACCGACGAUAAAACCCCCUCCAGCCCAGACCCAGACCCAGACCUGAUCCCAGAUCCAAUCCAAACCAACAUCUGGUUCGGCCCCGCCUGGACAAUCUCCCCCCUGCACCACGACCCGCACCACAACAUCCUCUGCCAAGUCGUCGGACGCAAAUACAUCCGCCUGUACUCGCCGCACCACAGCGCAAGACUCUACCCGCGCUCCGCGAGGGAGGUUGCCCCUCACCUCAAGCACUCCCAACCCCAAACCACUCAUAUCUCUUCCGUGGCCGAGGAGGAUGAAGAGAAAGCGACGAUCGACCUCUCCAACACCUCGCGCAUCGAUCUCGCCGCCAUCGAGCUCUCGCCCGCCGAAGACUGGGAUGCCGUCUAUCCCGGGCUCGGCGCGGUGCCGUAUCUGGAGUGUGUGCUCGAGGCCGGGGAGGCGCUUUAUGUUCCCGUGGGUUGGUGGCAUUAUGUGCGCAGUUGCGCGACGGGGGUUAGUGUGAGUUUCUGGUGGGGGUGA